AUGUUAAUCUUUACAUCAAUCAGGUCACUCUAUGCCUGGAGCUCAUUUGCCUUGCAAAUACUCUAUUGUUACAUUCUGUGCCCCUCUCCGCUCACUUAAAUGAUUAACUCCACCCCAGAAAAGAACUUUGUUGCAAUAUCCGGAGGAGAGAGGGAUCGUGACCCUCAAACCAUGGGGCCUGUCAGCUACUCCUCAGAGACCUAUGACUUGAGCCAGGUGGAGCUGAGUGGUUACUAUGAAGCUGAGAACACCACCCCUUCUUUGGAGGGCUACUUCUGCUUCAACCCAGCCUCAUCUGUGGUUGGCAACCAGGGAGACCCCUUCAGAAAGGUCUUCAUGCCCCUCAUCUAUCUGCUGAUGUUUGUGUUGGGGACUCUGGGCAAUGCUCUGGUCCUGGUCAUUUUAGAGAGGUUCAAGCGGUCUCGUACCACCACAGAAAACUUCCUUUUCCACCUCACCCUCGCCAACCUAGCACUGUUGCUCACCUUCCCAUUCAGUGUGGUGGAGAGCCUGGCUGGGUGGGUAUUUGGGAGGUUCCUCUGUAAGAUACUCAGUGCUGUCCACAAGAUCAAUUUCUACUGCAGUAGCAUGCUGCUGGGGUGCAUCGCAGUGGACCGUUACCUGGCCAUCGUCUAUGCGAUCCACACCUACCGCAAACGCAGAGCUCGCUCCAUCCACCUCACCUGCACAGCUGUCUGGCUCUGCUCAUUGCUUCUGACUUUACCUGAUCUCAUCUUCAUGGAAGUCUGGACAGAUGACAGCAACCGCAGCAUUUGCUAUUUUCCAGAAGUUGGGAUUGAUGGAAACAAUGCAUGGCUGGCAACUCGCUUCCUCUACCACACCGUGGGCUUCUUUGUGCCUCUGCUGGUCAUGUGUUACUGCUACAUGGCCAUCAUCCGGGCACUGUGUCAGUCCCAGCGCCUGCAGAGGCAAAAAGCUGUCCGUGUGGCCAUACUGGUCACAGGCAUCUUCCUCCUGUGCUGGAGCCCAUACCACAUUGUUAUCUUCCUGAACACGCUUACCAAGCUAGAAGCCUUCACCAAGAACUGCCUCCUGGAAGACCAACUGGACACAGCCAUCAUGGUGACAGAGGCCAUUGGCUUCACACACUGCUGCCUCAACCCCAUCCUCUACGCUUUUAUUGGGGUCAAGUUCCGUAAUGACUUCUUCCGGAUCCUGCAGGAGCUUGGCUGUAUAAGCCAGGAGACCCUGCAAGAGAUCCUGGAGGUGGCAAGGAAGGGUAGUGGGAUAGAGUCUGACAACAUCACCUCCAUCUCCACUUUCUAGCUGGGAAGGGCUGCCUGCGGGGAAGAACUGGCCUGGAUCUUUCCUUCCCAGUGGCACACUUGCUGUGGUCUCAAUUACAAGUUUCACAAGCAUCCCCACAACUUUCUUCACUCCUCAGGAAACAGGUCCAAUAGCCACCAAACACCCAAAUCUCAUCAGACACCUUGCUUGGCUGUUCCUGAUUCUCAAACUUGUAGAGACCCAUCUGGCAACUGUUGGUGAAUGCUGGAUGUCUGAUGGUCACUCUUGUGGAGCUGGAUGAAGAUGGUCGCUCAAGUGGGUUGAAGCUGACAUUCCCACCUCUCCCUUGAAAAACGGACUGCAGGCAUCUUGUGCACAAAGCCAGGCACAGGACUGGGGUGCCAGGGUUAAGGAAAAAUGUGCAGCCAAGUAAAUGAGUCAUGUCAGUAAACAGGUCUCCAUUUCACUAGCUAAGGUUGGUACACAUGUGCUCAAGGGAAGCCGUGGGACUCAGUGGCCAUCGCAACUGGAGAGAUGCAGGUAGGACUGAUGGGGGCUGCAAAGCUCAAUCCAAUAGCAUGGGUGUACAGUGCUGGACACUCUUUGACUGCAACAUUGUCCUCCUGCUGCAUAACAUCCCCCCAGCCUGCCACAACACCCUCAUCUUCCCAACACAGCUCAUGCCAGGAGGUCCUCCCACAGACUGAAAGAUUUGACUGUCACAGACUCCUUUCCUGACACCAGUUGCAUCCUUCCCCACUCAUUUGAUCUGUUUUACUGCUGUUAUGAUCUUCUGUGAGCGGCUGCUGAACUAAAUGCCUGACUAUGCAAAAGUUUUCCUUUAAGGAGGAACACUGUCUGAGGAGA